CUCAAAUCGCUCUCGAUUGCCGCUUCUUCCCUCCUCGGGCGGCCCGGUGGAAGCGAGAAGGGAUCGAAAGGCCGAUGGAGGGAAGCGAGAGCGAGGCAGUGUUCGAUGCCUACAACCUCAACCCGCAGCGCUUCCUCAACGAAGUCCUUAACGCCGUCGACGACAUGGUCGACGGAGCCUUCGAUUUCUGCCUGCAUCAAGCAUCACAAAUUACUGGCCCUGGUGCCGAUCGGUCUGAGGAGUUGGCUAGGGGUGUAUCUUCCCUUCGUCACUUGACUCAAGCAGUUUUGGAUAAGAGAAUGAGCAUGUGGGAGAAGUACUGCCUUCGGCAUUGUUUUUCCAUUCCAGAUGGAUUUGUGUUGCCCAAAACUAAAGAAUAUUCCAUUUCAGUGCUUCAAGAAGUCUUGUCAGAUCAAGAACUCGAUUCUCAUUUGGACUCUUUGAGAGAAAAACUUGCAGCUGCGGGGAUGGAAUCUCAAGCGCUACAUAGGGAGAUCAAUUUGUUGGAGAUGCAGUCAACUGCUGACAACAAAUACAAUGCUUCUGUUGCUGAGGUGCAACAACUAUUUAAGGAACACUCGGUGCAUCUGAUGUUUCAAGAGUUAGUAGAAUCAGCAUCCAAACUGCAUCAGAAAGUAGCUGCUGAACUAAAGAGCAAGAGGUUGGGAGAUAUGAAACAAGAUGGGGUUUGCAAGAAGCACUGUUUGAGCAGUGGCAAACAGAUGGUUCCCGACACAGGGAUUUCUUCAAGUCUUGAGGAUAUUCAAGAAAUUGUAAGCAUUUUAAAGAACACAUAGUAGUGGUUUUUUAUCAUUUCAAAACAAAUGUUGCACAUUAUCUUUCUCUAUCAUGCUGUCUAGUUUUCUGUACUAUAUGUCAUCUUAUGCUUGGUUUUUGCCAAACAAGCUAGUAAAGAUAUUCAAGAAAUCGUAAGCAUUUCGAAGGAACACAUUAUGCUUCUCAUAUCAUGUUUUAUUUUGAUGAACUAUAUAACAUCUUGAUGCUUGUUUGUUGCAAGAAAUAGCUAAAUGUCAUAGUUGCAAUCACUAAAAUUCCAGCUUGUUGUUUAAGAGAAUUUUAUGGCUUAUUCAUUAAGAGAAUAUUUAUGUAUGAAACGGAACCGAAAGUAAAAUAAUCUCAUAUUAUCAAGGAUUGAAAGAGUCCGAUUAUAUAUGUUGAUUUUGAUUCAUAAUUAAAAAUUUUAAGUUGAAUUAACAACAAAUUAUCAUAAAAAGUGGAAAAAAAAAUCCUUAUCGUACAAAAGAUCUUUAUAUUCAUAAUUAGUAUCCUGAUCUUUAUAUUUUUAAAAGUUACAUUAAAAUUCUUAUAAUCUCGUUAUUUUAAUUUUUUUUUUAAUUUUUUAUUAUGUAUAAGGAUUUUAAUAUUUUAUUUUCGUAAAUAUAAAAUUCAUAAUAUAGUUUAAAAAAAAUAUAAGAAUCAAGAUAUUAAAAUUAAUUAAUUAAAAAAAUAAUAUAUAAUUAAACCACUUAACUUGGAUUGAUGUUGAGAGGACACGGACACAGGACCAAUGUGGUCCACUCACCGUUGCGGAUGCCUCUUGUGCAUCUGUCUGGUCUCCAACGCGCUCUGGAAUUAGCAGUAUAAACAAGCAUCAGAUUGCAGUGUGCAACAUAGACGAGCGUGAUCCGAUGAUUCGAGAGAGGAGGCUAAAGAUGAUUCUCCUAAGCACCAGGGGAAAGAGAAGGAUGCAUGCACUGAACUGGCCUUCUUCGUAUCGUCCGUCGCCUGUGAUUGACGUUGGCCCUCAAUCGUCCCGAAACCAUUCCAAUCCCUGGCCGAACCCGUAUGAGUCUCAGUUUGCGAGGCAUGUCGGCUGGCAUGGACCAAAGAGAAGGAGAGAAGAGUGGAGGAGGAGCUGCUGUUGAUAGAGGAGAGGGAGAUAAGAACCUGCUGUCAACGGCCUGAAGAACAUACGCCCGGCAAGAACCAAAGAGAACGAGGGAGAGAAGGAAAAGAGGAGGACAAGAAGAACUUGCUGUUGACAAAGAAAAGAGAGAGAGGAACUUGUUGUUGAUAGCUUGAACUUGCUGUUGAACUUUCUAUUGAUAGUCAUCUUGAACCCGCUGUCAACCCUUUUCGGAACCUUGUUACGAACCAUGACCAUGAUGAGAAAAUGUGAUACACAUUAUCAAACAUUAUUAAGUAUGAAAUACUUGGCUAUGGAAAAAUGAACAAAACCUAGUAGGGUCUUUGCAGUCAUUUUAUUGAAGUAUUUCCUUCCACACAAUUGCUUGAGAUGUAAUUAUGUGUCAAUCAAUCAUGCUAAGUGGGUUAUAGUUCUUUUUCUA